AUGAUGGAUCCUAUGGAGUUAGAGGAAAAUGGGCAUAUUAAGAAUGAGAUUUCUGUUGACCGCUUGCUUCCUCCUGAUGACUCUGCGAGUUGUGAUCUUUUCCGUGAACAGGACAUUUCUCCUCGGAUUGGAGCCGAUUACCAGGCUGAAAUCCCUGAACCGGUUCGAAGGUCAGAUUAUCUCUUAAUUUCUAGGAAUGUGGACAGAAGUGAGAAUGUUGCUAUGGAGUAUCUUGUGGGAUUACCGAUUCCUGUGCUCCUAAUCAGUCAAGAACAUGAGAAUACAAAGGCUGAAAAAAUAAAGGCUCGUCAAAGUUUAAACCCAUCAAGAAAGGGAAGAGGCGAAAGUGGGAGUCUAAAUGUUGACCCUGUGAAUGUUGGAUCGCUUGAUGAGCCAGCAACUAAACCCGGUUACUCAGACUAUAGCUUUGUCCCUCUUUCUGCGACAGGUUGUUGGACUGACAUGGAAACGUCUAGUUUUCUGCUUGGUCUCUAUAUAUUUGAAAAGAACUUUGUUCAGCUUAAGAAAUUUGUUGAGACUAAAAGCCUAGGUGAAAUAAUGUCCUUCUACUAUGGGAAGUUUUAUCGCUCCCAUGAGUACUAUAGAUGGUCUGAUUCUCGGAAGAUGAAAACUAGAAGGUGUGUAUUUGGUCAGAAGAUAUUCAGUGGAUUAAGACAACAGGAGUUCUUAUCUCGUAUUUUUAGGAGUGUCUCAGACGACUGCAAGAAUGCUUUGUUGGAGGUUUCCAAGACGUUUGAGUCGGUUGACGUGGAUACCACAGUCGCAAAUAAGAAAGUUUCAGAAAAUAUACCGCUUGAGCCAAGGAAUAUCACCGAUUCCUCCCCGGAGAAGCUGUUUGUGAGUACUGAAUCGAAGGGCUGCCUUGGUGAUGAUAGUGUUGCAUAUCUGAAUAUACCUCAAAUUCCUCCAGACUUUGAAAACGAUGUCUUGAUGGAAGAUGCAGCCGGAAGCAAAGAUAACGAGGCAAGUAACUCUAUGGGUGAUAGUGUGCCUCAACCAGAAACAGAUCUGAAGGAAGUCCAAAUGUUGCAGAUGUCAAAUAACUCAAGAAUUGAUGAAGUCAUCAUGGGUUUUGAUGAUCAGGCAAAAGAAAUAGAAGACCGGCUCAAAGCUGAACCACCAAAUCGACAGAUUGUCUCAAUUUAUCACUUCUGGGGAUGUAUUGCAGAGGUUACUGAAAAGAUCAAGAGAAUGGAUGAUGGUGACCUUGCUAAUACCCUGCGACAACAUUUAAAAGAAAAACGAUAUCUAGUUGUCAUGGAUGACAUGUGGAGCAUGGAGGCUUGGAAUGACUUGAAGAUGUCAUUACCAGAUGACAAAAAGGGAAGUAGGAUUUUAAUCACAAGCCGAAAUUCAAAGGUGGCUUCGGAAAGGGAAACUUAUCAUCGUCCUUUACUCACUCUCGAAGAAAGUUGGAAUUUGUUCAAUGAGAAGUUAUUUCACGGAUGCAGCUGUCUCAAGGAACUAUUAGAAAUUGGAAGGCUUAUUAUAAGAAAAUGCAAGGGACUACCUCUUGCAAUUGUAGUCAUGGCUGGACUUCUGGAGAAGAGAAAGCACCGAUUGUUGGAUGCGGAAUGUUUGCAGUUGAGUAAUAUUAACUUUGAGAAGUUUGAAUUGUUGCGUAGCUUAAAUUUCUCAGAUUCUUCUGAAUGUUAUUUAAGCAAAUAUGUAUAUUAUAAGUUUUCAAGUGAAUUGAAGAGGCACAUAAAAGAGUUGGUAGUAAACUCUCUCAAACCAAACUGUUAUAAACAAAAUAUGGCUGCUGAUUCUUAUACGCUGUGUCUCACUAAGAUUGACCAAUUCCUUCAAGAAAAUGAUCAGUUUCCCUGUGGUUGGCGGACCCGAUUUGUUGAGACACACUUGAGGCUGUUGAAGGUACUUGUGUGUUACUCUGGAAAAUGGAGUGGUGAGGAAAAAUCUGAGCAUUUUGGACUAGAUGAUCAUCAUUAUCAGGAACUGGAAUCUCAGCUUAGUAGUAGUAUCAGUUAUUGUGAUUAUGUUACUCGUUUCGUGUUUGCGAAAGUGUCAAAGAAGAAAAACAAGAAGCAAAAGAAUGAGCCAAAGCUUCGUUUUGAGGAUAGCUAUGUGUCUCUUAAAUUCCAAGCAAACAUUGCAACUACUUGCAAGUAUUUAUUGAGUUCGAAGAAGAUCCAGCCUCCCAUUACUGAUGUUCUUGUGUUUUCGAGGUUUGCUGACUCUGUCAAGGAUUAUGUGAUUAGUCUUUGGAUGGAGCUAGAAGACUAUAUCCAAUGCAGCAAGCAAAAAGAUUCUUUCAUCUCUUCUAAAGUGGAAGAAGACUACAGGGCCACUGCACAAAGGUUAGGAUACUUCAGUUCUUUGAUUUCCAGUUUAACGGAGCAUUUCAUUGACCGGCACGAGUUGCAAAAGUUUUUGGUUCGUGCUGGAGCUGUUUUCUUAAGGGUUGCUGCUGUGGCGUGUGAUAAUCAAACAGUAAAUCGAGAUACCUCGAGUUUUACAGCAAAGAUGGAGUUCCAUUUGAAAAAUCUCUUUUCAAUCAUUCAUAGUAAAAAUGUGAGGGAGAUCACUGGUCAACUUCUAGGAGCUUAUCUCAAUGCUUUUGAGGCUAGGAAGCCAUCAUCAUCACCAACAAAUCCUACGUUAACAUUUGAAGAUCCGGUAGAGUCUUUUGCUAAUCUUUGCCAAUUGGUAGCGAAUCAAGAACUUAACACCAUUCUUCCAGUGUUGGAUCAUCUCUUGGCUAAUCCGCUGGUCAGGCAUGAGUUCCCUUUGGAAGUGAAGAAGUUGUUGGAGCUUGGAUUUUUAGCUGUGACUACAAAAGCUAGAUCACUUAUUGCCUCCACUCCAAACGUUGCGCUCUCAAAGUUGUGUCAAAAGCUUAAUCUCAUCAAGUCUGAGAUUUUAGUCUUGGAGGUGCACAAUCAGAAGGCCAAUUUAACGAUUUAUGACAUCGGUCAAGCUGGUAGCAAAAUAAAUGCUUUCACAUUCCUUAGUGAAUUCUUCAAAACGCCCGAGGCGGAUGCAAUGUUGUCGGUUCUUAGCAAUCAUGAAACCAGCUUGAAGUUCCUGGAAAGAUAUUGCCUUGAAAUGCUUCAGAAGAUUUUGAUCUCUUUGAGAGCAUUGCUUAACCAAGAUGAUGAAAAUCUCUCUAAAAUUAGUGGAGCGGUGGUUAGUGAAGCAAUAAAUCUUGUUUUCUCCCUUGGAGGUGGCAGCGAAAAAGUGGAAUGCAUGAACCUUUUGCCGAAGUCUUUCUCCAGAAAGUUUAAGCUUAACUAUGCAAAGAUAAGAGCAGUACCUCAGGAAUGUCCGGGGUUGUUGGUUUCUAACUUCCCGAAGAGUGAUGGACCUGUCUAUGUUGAUAAUCUCUUAAGAAAUGUGAGAGAGUUCUUGGAGAGUAAUCUUUAUAAUACUAGCAAGUUUCUGAAAGAUCAAGCUCAAGUGUUGCUGCAUGAAAUACAGCGUUUGCUAUCAUUAAUGCAGAACAAUCAUAAUGAGCGUGAAGAUCUUCAAGGAGAACGCUUGGUAGGCCUAAUAUAUGAGGCGGAGUACAUCAUCAUUAACCUCUUUGAAGAUGAAGGUGUGCCAUCAUGGUACAAACAGCUGAUGGUUUUAAAUGCCAUUUCGGCGGCUAAGCUUAUCAAGGCUGAGAUCCAAGAAUAUCAUCAUCAUCAGGAGGAGGAGAGGCAUCUGGGAAGCAUCCUCAAUGUCGUAGGACACACUUUGGAAGAUCCAAAUAGUUCAAGUACCGAUGAUGUCAUAGUAGGUUUUGAGGAUCGGGCAAAACAUAUAGAAGACCAACUCAAAUCUGGAUCACCGCAGCGACAGGCUGUCUUAAUUGUUGGAAUGGGGGGAGUUGGAAAAACAACACUGGCUAGGAAAGUUUACAACAGCCUCGCAAUUCAGUAUCACUUUAGGAAACGGGCCUGGUGUACUGUUUCUCAAGUGUAUGUAAAGAAAAAGUUGCUGCUUGAGAUAUUGGAAUGUAUUGUGGAGAUUCCUCAAAAGAGCGAAGGAUUUACUGCAGACCCUAAGAAGAUAGAGGAAAUGGACGAUGACGAAAUUGCUGAUACACUGCGACGAAGUUUAAAAGGACAAAGAUAUUUGGUCGUGAUGGAUGACAUUUGGAGCGUGCAGGCUUGGAAUGACUUGCAGUUAUCACUACCAGAUGAUGGAAAGGCGAGUAGGAUUUUAAUCACAAGCCGUAAUUUUGAUGCGUCUUUGAAAAUGGAACCUUAUAUUCUUCCUUUCCUCACUGUUGAAGAAAGCUGGAAUUUGUUCAAAGAGAGGUUAUUUCAUGGAGGCAGCUGUCCAGAGGAACUGUUAGAAGUCGGAAAGCUAAUUGUAGAAUAUGGCAAAGGAUUACCCCUUGCAGUUGUAGUCAUAGCUGGUUUUCUAGAGAAGAUAGAGAAGAGAAAGGAUCUGUGGGACGAAAUUGCACUGAAUUUAAUGUCAUAUAUAUCCCACGAUCACGGAGACAAACAAAUCAAGGAUAUCCUGGAGUUCAGUUAUAAUCAUUUACCAUCACACCUGAAACCAUGCUUCCUUUAUUUGGGAACAUUUUCGGAGGACCAAGAAAUUCCAGUUCAAAAGUUGAAAUGGAUGUGGAUUGGAGAAGGAUUUAUACCAGAAACGGAUUCCAAGAGUUUAGAGGAAACCGCGGAGGAGUACUUGAUGGAACUAAUUAGUCGAAACUUGGUGAUGGAAGCACAGAGAAGAUCCAGUGGAGGGAUCAAAACAUGCACCAUGCAUGAUAUGGUGCGCUAUCUUUGCUUGGAGAAAGCUUGGGAAGUAAAUUUCAUGGAGCCGAUCGCGAGCGCAUAUUUCAGCAAUUCAAGUAAAUCAAGUUCUAUGUUUGUAUCUUCAUCAUAUCGGCUUUGUUUCCAACCAAAAAUGGAGCACGACAGGAUUCCUCUUAAACUUCUUUCGAAAAAUUCAAAAUCCCUUCGAGUGUUGGAUGCAGAAUAUGUCCGAACUGGAAUCGUUGGUCUUCAUGAUUUAGGGAAGAUGCAUUGUUUAAAAUACCUAGCCGUUAGGGGAUGGUUUUCUUGGGUGCCUUCAUCAAUAGUCCAACUCGUCAACCUUGAGACUCUCAUUCUGAGGGGAGAAACAGAAAAAAUCGAAGUAUCCACUGAACUUUGGAGCAUGCGCAAGUUGAAGAAUAUUCACAUAAACUCCAUUAGUCAUUCCAGUUUGCCUGGCCCUGAUGAAAUUGUGAAUCUGGGAAACAUUGCUACUCUUUCCUUGUUGACUAUUCGGAAUCCGAGCCUGGGUGAAAAUUUUUUGAGAAGGUUGACUGGAAUUAAGAAAUUGAAAUGUAAAUUUCAGAGAGAUUUGAAUAUUGAUCAUAAAAGCUAUGUACUACCUGCAAUGGACACUCUACAUCAGCUUGAGUCGCUGCAUCUAUCCACUCUCCCUUUCACUGAUAUUUAUUUUCCGAGCAAGUUCAGCUUCCCAACAAAUCUAAAGAAAUUGACUUUAAAGAGAUUUUGGCUUUCCUGGGAAUCUAUUUCAGCCAUUGGACAACACCUAAGCAAUCUGGAGGUUCUGAAAAUAAUAGGCUAUUAUACAGGGGAAUCAAUGUGGGAUGUCAGAGAAGGAGAGUUUCGGAAGCUGAAAUAUUUAAAGCUGUACAAGUUUGGAUUGAUUAGUUUUGCAAGCUGUACAAGCUGGAAUGCAUCAAGUGAUUCCUUCCCUCUCCUUGAGCGACUAGUUUUGCAAGAUUGGCAUAAUCUUGAGGAAGUUCCUAGCAGUUUCGGAGAGAUCCCCACGUUACAGAUGAUUGAGAUGAAAGAUUGCAGCAAGUUGAGUUCACAGCUAAAAGGCUGGCAUUUUAAAAAUCCAAUUAUAUCCAUGUUAUGUAUGACGUAUGACGGCGGUUCUGUCAGUGAUAUUUGCAGAUACGGCGACGACGGCUUCAUUAAAGGUUUACGAUUUGGGAGUUUCAACCGAAGACAAAAUGAAGAAGCAGUUGUAAAAAGUUACAUCUUCCUGUCCAAUCUGAAUAUGGCUAUGGAUUCUUAUAAUAAUCCUUGUCUUACAAAGAUCGACCAAUUCAUCCAAGAAAAUGAUCAGCUCCCUCGCUGCCAAAUUUGCUACAACUCUCAAGUAUUCUUAUCAGUGAACUACGAGCCGGAGCAGUCCAUUGACCAUCACCGAGAUGCCAGGGAUUUCGUGGCACAGUUGGAGUUUCAUUCAGCAAAUCUGUUGAAAAUCAUUGAAGAGAAUGUUAAGGAAAUUACUGGAAUUCAAAUUGUUGUGGACGAAUGGAUUUUCAACAGUGGCUACGGAAAAAAAUACAUGAGGGAGAUCGGCAAAUCCAUUUUAGCACACAUUGAAGAGUUGCUUGGAGACACGGCAGGAGAAAGAUAUUGCCUUGAAAUCCUUCAGAAGAGUUUGAUCUUUAUGAGAGCAUUGCUUGACCAAGAGAAUACAGAACUCUCUACAAUUAUUGGACCGCAAAAAUCGAAUAAUAAUGAGAGUGAAGGUCGUGAAGGAGAACGCAUUAUUGGCCUAAUAUAUGAGGCAGAAUACAUCAUCACUUGCCUCUUUGAAGCUGCAGGUGUCCCAUUAUGGUACAAACAGAUGAUUCUCUUCAAUACCAUUGCCGAGGCUAAGCUUAUCAAGUCUGUGAUCCAAAAAUAUUAUUCUCAUCAUCUCAAGGAAGAGAGGUGUCAUGGGACCAUCCUCGAUGUUGCACGGGAGACUUUUAAAAGAUCAAAUAGUAACUCAAGCACUGAUGAUGUCAUAGUGGGUUUGAAGGAUCGAGCAAAAGACAUAGAAGACCGACUCACAAAUGGAUCACCGAAGCUACAGGUUGUGUCAAUUGUUGGAAUGGGGGGAAUCGGGAAGACAACAUUGGUGAAGAAAGUUUAUAACAGCCCCGCAAUUCAGCAUCACUUCAGGGAUAGAGCUUGGUGUACAGUCUCCCAAGUAUAUCAUAAAAGAGAGUUGUUGCUUCAGAUAUUGAAAUGCAGCUGUCCAGAGGAACUGUUGGGAGUUGGAAGCCUUAUUGUAGAGAAUUGCAAGGGACUACCCCUUGCAAUUGUAGUCAUGGCUGCUCUUUUGGAGAAGGUAGAGAAGAGAAAGUAUCAGUGGGAAGAAAUUGCACAGCAUAUGAUGUCACAUUUAGCCCAUGAUGAUGGAGACAGUCAGAUCAUGCUCAUCCUGGAGUUAAGUUACAAUCAUUUACCAUCUCAUUUGAAACCAUGCUUCCUUUAUUUUGGAAUGUUUUUGGAGGACCAGCAAGUUCCAGUUCAGAAGUUGAAAUGGUUGUGGAUUGCGGAAGGUUUUGUACCAAAGACGGAUUCCAAGAGUUUAGAAGAAACAGCGGAGGAGUAUUUGGUGGAACUAAUAGGUCGAAACUUAGUAAUGGAAGCCCAGAGAAGAUCCAGGGGAGGUGUCAAAACAUGCCAAAUGCAUGAUAUGGUGCGCUAUCUUUGCUUGGAGAAAGCCAGGGAACAAAAUUUCAUGCAGCGAAUCACUAAGGCAGAUGGCGAUGAUCUAGAUGAUACAUCUUCAUCAUAUCGGCUGUGUUUCCAACCAAACAUGGAGGAACAUCGGGUUCCAUUUAAACUUGUUGGUCCACAUGUCCGUUCUCUAAUGGUAUUACCGAGGAAACAAUCUACUGCUGUACAUUUCGAGUUGAAAGAGUCACAAAAUCUUAGAGUGAUGGAUAUAAAAUGCACCAGAAUCGCAGCACGUUUUUUUGAAGAGUUAGAGGUGAUGCGUUGCUUGAAAUACCUAGCACUUCGAGGGAAAUUUUCCACUGUGCCUUCAAGAAUAGUUGAACUCUUUAACCUUGAGACUCUUAUUCUGAAGACAGAUCUUAGCAGGUAUGAAAGUGAUGGAAUCAAUGUACCGACUGAGCUUUGGAUCAUGCGCAAGUUGAGGCAUGUUAGCAUAGACUUCAUCAGUCAUUCCAGUUUGCCAGACCCUGAUGAAAUUAGUAAUCUAGAAAACAUUGUUACUCUUUCCUUUUUGACUUUUGGAAGAUCGAGCCGCCCAGGACAAACUUUUUUGAGCAAGUUGAUUGGAUUGAAAGAAUUGAAAUGUCAGUUUGGCGGAAGGAAUGGUGCUGAUAUUGAGAAAAACUAUGUGUUCCCUGCAAUGGACGCUCUGUAUCAGCUGGAGUCACUGCAUCUAUGCCGUUUUCGCAUUAGCCCCAUUGUUUUUUUAUUAUGCAAUUUCAGAUUUCCCCCCAAUCUCAAGAAAUUGACUUUGAGCAGAUUUGAGUUGCCCUGGGAAUCCACUUCUGGCAUCGGACAACAAUUUUGCAAUCUGGAGGUUCUAAAACUAACAGACUGUUACCAGCUGGAUUCAACAACAUGGAACGUGGCGGAGGGAGAGUUUCCGAAUCUGAAAUGUCUAAUGAUAAACUACAACUUCUGUUUUAAAAACUGGAAUGCUUCAAGCGACUCUUUUCCUUCCUUGGAGCGACUAGUUUUGCAAGGUUGUACAGAACUUGUAGAGAUUCCUAUCAGUUUCGGGGAGAUCCCUACGUUACAGAUGAUUGAGAUGAACGAUUGCAGUGAAUCUGCAAAUAAAUCAGCUCUGAGAAUUUAUGAGCAACAGCUUGAAUAUGGAAAUGAAGAGUUCAAGGUAUUUGCGUGUGAUACUGGGAAAUGGAGUAAUGAAGAUAAAGCUAAGCAUUUUGGAUCUCUGCCAUCUGACCUUGGGAAACUGGAAACUCAGCUUAUCAGUAACAAUCUCAGUGAUUACGUUGCCGGUUUCGUGUUUUUGGAAACAAGUGUGAAUUUUGGAAACGAGCCAAAGCUUUGUGUUGAGGGUGGAAUCCACGUCCAAGCAAACAUUGCAAGAGCUUUCAAGUACUUAUUGAGCUUGGAGAUUCACCCUUCUUCUUCCAUUGUUGUAUUUUUGCAGUUUGUUGACUCUGUCCAUGACUAUAUUCUCAGCCUUGGCUUGGAGUUACAGGAGUAUCGGAAAAUGUAUUUUCCAGCAAACAAUAAUUAUUUGUCUGAUUAUUACCUGGAUAAAAGUCACCCGGCCACUGCAGAAAGGUUACGAUUCUUCAGGGUUGUCGUUUCCAAUUUUGCGGAAUCGUUGAUUGACAAGGAGGAGGAGUUGCGAAACCUUUUGGAUCGUGCUACAGCUUUGGUUUUCAGGGCUGCAAUUGUGGCAUGUGAUAUUCAGAUCAUUGAUCGAAAUGCGGUGGAUUAUCAUAAGCAGGCUGACAUGCUAUCGCGGAUACUACGCUUUGAAAUCAUUCCGUAUGAAGUUAAGGUGAUUUACGAUGAAGUUGUAGGAGAAACUUUUGAGGCUCUAAAACCAUCAUCCAAGUGGACCCUUUAUUUGUACGACAACAUUUGA